CCCAGGCCCAGUUCCAGCGCCCCGGCCUAGGCCGGGCCCGCGUGCCUUUGGCGGGCUGCGCAGAGCGCGGGAGCAGGUCCGGACCGGGCAUGCCGGGAGCCCCUCUGGUACCCGCCGCCGCCCCCGCCCCCGCGUCCGUCCCCGGUGCGCGCUGCUGACGCGCGGAGAUGAAAUUCCCGUCCUCCGUGCUGCCGUCCGUGUUCCUGUUCGUGGCCGAGAUGACGGCGGCGCUCUACCUGAGCAGCACUUACCGCACGGGAGGGGACCGCAUGUGGCAGGCGCUGACGCUGCUUUUCUCCCUGCUGCCCUGCGCGCUGGUGCAGCUCACGCUCCUCUUCGUGCACCGCGACCUGAGCCGCGACCGUCCGCUAGUGCUGCUGCUGCAUCUGCUGCAGCUCGGGCCCCUCCUCAGGUGUUUUGAAUUAUUCUGCAUCUACUUCCAGUCAGGCCAGAGUGAAGAGCCUUAUGUCAGCAUCACCAAGAAGUGGCAGAUACCCAAAAACGGCCUCUCAGAGGAGAUUGAGAAGGAGGUGGGCCAGGCAGAAGGCAAGCUGUUCACCCACCGAUCUGCAUUCAGCCGGGCAUCAGUGAUCCAGGCUUUCCUGGGCUCAGCCCUGCAACUGACGCUGCAGCUGUAGAUAAGCAUCUUGGAGCAGGAUGUCACUGUUGGAAUAAGUCUGAUUCCUACUCUGUAGCUUUAUGAAGGAUUGAAAUUGAGCAUCUUAGUGAAACUCAGCUGCUGCCUGACUGAACACCAC